GAUGUUCGCUUACGCUAUACGUUCGUACAUCCUCGUCGCCAUCGCGUCUGCAGGUUUUUGGUUACCCCAAAAAUGCCAAAACGGAAAUCCAUGCCAAAACGGGGGUACAUGCUUUUAUUUCCCCAACCACAGUGGGGAAAUUGUCUGCAAAUGUACUACCGGAUGGGACGGACAAUUCUGCACGACCCCUUUCCGGUACAUCGGAUGUUUUACUGACACUUCGACCCGUAUCAUGCCUGUCAGGCUACCCGAUUCGAAAUCAAACUCGCCGAUGGAGUGCGCCGCUCGUUGCCAUGGCUACGCGUAUAGCGGCACGCAGUACGGAAUCGAGUGCUUUUGUGGAGACUCUCUGAACGCCACGAAAAGGCCGGACUACGAAUGUAAAAUGGCGUGUCCUGGGGACAGCACAAGGAAAUGCGGUGCAGGCUGGAGGAUGAGCGUCUACAGCAACAGGGCUGUUCCACAGCUGUCGACUCGCGAACAAGGAAAAUUGUGGUUCGGAAACAACACUGUGUGAGCUGAUACGAACUUGGCCUAUCGAAAACUGAUUGCUUUUGUUAUUUUAAAAGAACAAUAUAUUUUUCUUUUUAACUAAGUGCCUUAUUACAGAGAAGUGUUUGCAUUGUUUGCAUUCUACUUUGCUGAGCUUGUUCAGCAUGGAUAAAAGUUAUAUUAAAGACUGAUUCUCCUAGACUUGUGUAU